CCAACCGCAUUCAGACCUGGGCCAACGAGAGAGAGCGAAGCCCAUCUUCUGACGGCAUUCGGGAGAGCGCUGUGCCUGCGCGUUGGAGAUCCCCUUUCUCUGCCCCCGGCUCCGGCCACCUGAGUACAGAAUAUCUGAGUGUGGUGCAGCGCACAUCGUCGUCAGCAGCAGGCUGUUUUUUUUGCGUCUUUGGAGCUGAGAGAAAAGGGCAAGCAGGCUGAAGUCAGGCGGGUUGCUUUGGCACAAAAGCAGCACAAGCGGCGACUGUCGAUAAUGAUGGCUUCGUUGAGAGGUGGGACGACGGCGCGGGGCAAGCGAAGCGGGGACGGGAGAGAGAGGCGGUUAAGGCACGAGAGGGCGGCGAGCAUGCCAUUGGGCCGACCAAAGGGGGAAGGGAUGCAGGCUAGCGCGUGGCGGACGAUGAGUUUCGAAAAGCUGCAAAACACGAGCAAAUGCGUGAACAACUGCUCGAGCUCCACCUCCCCGGAGACAGACCCUGGAGCCUCGAGUGUGUUCCCGAGCUUCGUAGAGGAAGACAAUGUAGGAGAGGAGGAGGAGCUGAGCGCCAGCGCCGGCAGCAGCAAGGACAUGGUCGAGGGAAGAGGAGGGGAUCAGACAAGGGCGAGAGGGGCGGAAGGGGGGGGGUUGUCGAAGCUGUCGAGGAGGCCGGCGGCGGAGAAGAAGUCGGCCGCGAAGUCCAAGUCGCAGGCGCAGCUCGUGAAGAUGGACUUUCGAAACCCGAUGUUCCGAGCUGCAAACGGCAACGCGGAGAAGGCGAUCGCAAGCCUGUAUCCCGCGCAAGACUCCGAGGAGUCAACUCGGUCGGCAAUGAACGGCAGCAAUCCGAUGUUCAAGCGAAGCGUGUCCGACGCGGGAAGACCCAGACCAAGGGAGAAUCCAGAAUUGAGCAGGGGAGGGGGUGGCAGCGACUUGGGGAAGAGCGUGGCGGCUGACUCGAAGGGCAAGGGGGGGGAAGACAAUGGCAGCAGGGACGAAAAGCAGCAGCCAAGGAAGGAGAAAGGAAAGUCCAAGGACAAGACCAAGAAGCCGUUGUACGAGCACGUCGGCCGGAUGAACGUGCGGCCCUUCCUCAGCGACCCCAGCGACGCGAACGACUACGUAUCCGGACAUCGUGGGUUCCGCUUGGACACUUUCGCUCGCAAUGAGGGGGAGACGGGAGGCACGGCCCACUUCAAGUUCGUGUUCACCCUCGAUGGAGCAGCUGUGCCGGACGAAGGGGAGGACGCGAAGAAGGCUCGGCCGAUGCUUGACGCGAUACACGAGCGGGCGACGGGGAAGCUGAGGGUUAGGGUCAACGACGGACGAGAGAUUAGCACCACGGAGAGCGCCGCCGUAGACAUCGCCAUCACCAAUAUCGGAGUGGUGUUCUUCAACCCAAGGACCAUGAGUAAAGGGCAUCACUUGUAUACGCUCAGCCUGACAGGUAGGACUCUUUUCAGCGUGCUGGCAUGAUACCAAGGGAAGCCAGCGACCUAGGUCUGUGUCUUGCUGUUGAAGUUGAAGACAUGCCGUGGGCAUGAAGCGGCGUUUUCGAAUGGGCGAGCGGUUGGGUCGGGAAGGUGCACCGCAAUUCGAUUCGUCGUGCGAAAACCGCUUCGCUGGUGUUGUUGCCGAGGGAGGGGAGCACGUCGUUUGUCAGUGUGGCGCUGCGAUCGCCGUUUAGAGCUUAGGAGUGUACUGGGGUUUAUGGAACUACGCCAACCGGCCUCUGCUCCAAGUUGACCCCGCAGUCACCAAGCGACAACAGCAGUUGACUACGCCAUUCGGUGAUUGGACGGACGACGAUGCUGAGCGUGGUUCAACACUCGGAGUUCAGUAUCAGGGGGAAGGACGGCGUUGUUCCAAGAGGAUGGUGCUGACGAAGCUGGUUUCUUGGCGUGUUGCGGACCGGUACACGGGACGGGUUGUCGUUCCGAAGUUGCAAAGCCGGUUCGUUCCAAGAAAUAAUGUGUUCAAAAAGACGGGGUUGGUGGUCGUUGUUUGCGUUUUGUUCUUUUGAGGGCGUCGGCUUUGGAACAGGAGGAAACAAGAAAACAAACAUUUGAUGUCGUCGCUGUUGUAGACAUCGCUGAGGGGCUCGCUCUCACAUCCUCCGCUGUUUGGAAAAAAAAAAAGGUUUUGUUUAGCCUGCGGUAUUUUGGGGGAGAGGCGUCGUCCUCGUGUAUGACUGACUGCGCCACACACCUUCAAUGUCCCGAAGCCAAGCUAGGUUUGGCCAAGUUGCCUGUCGUUUCACUCUUCGAUGGUUGCAUCCCUCCCGUUACCACGGUACAGUAAGCCAAGAUCCAUCAGGACUUGCGCGUGUCUUGUGUGUGGGUAGGCACACGUCUCUUGACCUUCUCGGCUCACAGAAGCUGGAACGCCGUGCCUGCUGUUGCAUUGCAAUAGUGUGUGCCCUCGGUCGCUCCUAACCCUAACCCAACGAUCGGCGUUGAAGCUAUGUUGAUGGCGUCGGGUGGCAUAAGGUCUCUCGGGUGGUGGCCAUAUCGCGUACCAGUAUGAGUUGCCUCGUAGUAGAGUUAUCAUCCAGGUUGUGGUGUGGUCUCUUCUAGCCGCCGCCGCCGCCGCCGCCGCCGCCGCCGCCCCGUGGUGACUGGCGAUGACUGUUGUGUGUGCGGUAAGGCAGUGUCGCUAGUUUUGUGUCUCGACGAAGCCGGUUCUUUGUUGUGGUUAAUCUGGUCUAGACUAACUGUAAGGUUUGGGGCCUUUGCGACAACAACCGCUGCGAUUUUGUUCAUCCGUUAAACUCGGAGCAAGGACAAACGUUUGUUUUGGAAGCGUCGCGGGGUGUUGGUGGCCCGUUCGGUUUCUUGAUGUCCCACUCGCCGGUGGCGGCCGGUUGUCGAAGAAAGCAAAGGAAUAGGAAGAAAUGCUUGUGCUGUGCUGCUGUUCAGAAAAGCUUUUGGUACGGAAUGUCAGGAGAUGAUUGGAGUUCCUUGUGGGUGCUACGGAGCAGAAGAGGUAUUUUGACUUAGGUAUUGUACCCCCAUCAGCAGUGUGCCGCUUCAAACCUACCAUGGUAGUGUUACAGUGGCGAGUGAGGAUUCGUUCUAUUUAGGUCAACCGAAGUUGGUGUAGUCGCUACGGGUGCGUAGCACUCGGUGGCCGGGCGGCUGGCCAAUGGACCGAAGGGUGAAUGAUGGUAGCACGCAAGAAGUCUGUCCCAACUUGCGUCAGGUUGUGGAGAUGGUUAUUUCCCCUUUUAUGACGGAUAUAGUCUUGAAAUCGUCGUCCGUUGAGGAUGAUUGGCUCGGGGCGAGUGUUUUUUGCGGAGGGAGGUGGUUCUGGUUGAUCUGAUUAACUGGUCCUCGCUUCCAUGUUCCCCUGGUAGGAGAUGGAGCUGGUGCACCUUUGGUGUGUGUUCAUGUGUGUGUUAUGAAUGAGUAUUGCUGUAAAUGUUCGCUUGCCUCCGUAAUACUUGGUAGUAUACUAGUUGCGAGUCGACUUGAUACUUGGUAGUAUACUAGUUGUGAGUCGAUCGAUCAGUCUGAGGGUGUUGAUAAAUGUGUCUUGUCUGUCUUCUCAGCUUCUUGAGAAUUUAUCUUCAUUUUGUCUCAUUUCUCAUUUGCAGGAAAAGUUUGCUUUGUUUUUGUUGUUUUCGAUUCGAUGCCGUCAUUGCGCACGGCUCCAAAUAUUCCAUCACUUGUUUUUGGUCUACGUGUACACAAGAGGCUUUGUUGGGUAGGAGAGGGCGUGUUCGUGUUGUGCCGCUGCUGCUAGUCUAGUCUAGUCUAUUUGGGCGAGGGGAGGGGGGGGGUACGUUGGCCGUUGUGGGUGCCGUUGUUCCUUCUUGGUCUGGACAAUUGCAGACGGUCGCCCUUGUUAAAUUGAUAGGCAUGCAUUUUCGUUGAUGUGCCUUGCGCUCUCGCGACGGUUUGGUUGGGAUUUGUUUAGUUAGAAGAUGGCAGGCGGAGAGAGAUCAGAUUUAUUUUGUAGCCAUCGAUGUCGGAAGAACUGCCAAUCCCCGUCGAGGGCGGUGUCCAACCACCCGCAGCUUGGUUCGACCACUGUAGAGUGACACGAUGGGAUGACAAGAUUUGCCAAGAUUGGUGUAAGUCUAGCUAGACGUUUACCUUUUAUUCCGUUGGUUAGUGAUGGAAUUGUUUUGUUUUUUUAUCGAGAGCCGUGUAUUUUUAUAUUUUCUGAUACAUACGCUGGAUGGAAGCACGAGCUGAAAAUAUUUCUCAUUUGUGGCCCCGUUCUCUCACUGUCUCAC